AGGCACUGAUGAGAUAUGGCUCCACGUGCUGCAGGUACCAGCUCCACGUGUUGCAGCGAUAUCAGCCCCUUGCUGAAGGAUCCCGCGGCUUUUGGGACUUUGAUUGAUCUUCUGGAAGAUCAUCUGAGGGCGUCUUUCCCCAAAAUCGACUUCGUCGCAGGCCUGGACUCCCGCGGCUUCCUCAUAGGCCCCCCCUUGGCUCAGAGACUGGGGGUCGGCUUCGUGCCGAUACGGAAGAAGGGGAAGCUUCCUGGUCCAACCGAGUCGGUCUCCUACGCCCUUGAGUAUGGCCAGGCUGAACUUGAAAUCCAGAGGGACGCCGUGGAACCAGGACAAAAAGUAGUUAUUGUAGAUGACUUGCUUGCAACUGGAGGUACCAUGUGUGCCGCCUGCGAGCUGAUGAAGAGGCUGAAGGCUGAAGUCCUGGAGUGCCUGGUGAUCAUAGAGUUAAAGCUCCUGAAAGGGUCCGAAAAGCUCGAGUCCAUCCCUUUCUACUCUCUGCUGCAGUAUGACUGAGGAGGAGCUGGGAGAAGGGAAUGCAGACCAUGAGCUGUGCACGAGGUUGAGCUUUAUUCAGUGACUCUUUCUUGAUGUCACGAGGGGGUGGGCAAGGGGUGAACCUACAAUUUUGAAUCUGGCCAAAUGCUAUACAAUCAUAAGUCUUAUUUAUUUUCCAAGCCACAGAUUUAGCUGUGUUGAGUGUAAGGAUCCUUUUUGGAAUUCAUCCUUUUGGGAAGAAGGAACAGCCUGAUUGUUUUGGGGGAGGGAGAUCAAGAUGCAUCUUCAGUGAAUUAUUAUUUUUUUUAGGAGACCAAAGUGAAAAUACUCCUGCUGAGGCAGGAGAUGUCUGAUAGCUUUGGGGGCCCAGCAUUCCCCUUCAGUUGAGCCAUGCCUGGUCAGCCUCCUAGGAACCCGUUAAAAGUUUGCCAAAGAAACAGAUGGUGGGCACAAAGUGGUUAUUUGAGGGAUAAACUCCUGUGUGUUUGACCACAGUGGAUGGUCUGGUUGCUCUCAGCUGUUGCUCACACCAGAAUAGGCUGCUCUUACAUUAAGGCAGUGCUUGCUAAGGAGAAUUAAGUGCCUGCCCAGCCCUGUGUCCUGAAAUCCGGAGGCAGCUACUGCCAACUCAAUGGAGGUUGCUGGUGUAGAUGAGCUCAAACACCAUGUCUGCUCGCAGCUUGGCUUGUGCUCCCCUUACCUUGGGAAGGCAAGAAGUUGAAGGUCUCUGCUGGUGGAAGCCACCUGCCUUCCCUUGUUCCAGGGUAGUUUUUAGCAGUGGAUUUUGCAAAGCUAGGAGUGAUCUACAUCACAAGAAGUAGCACACAGGUGGGUGACAGGCAGUGAGGAAGGGGGCCAUGCACAUGCUCAGGGCUCUUUGCCUGCCUUUUGCCCAGCAGUGCUGGCACCUACCAAAGCCCACAGCUGCAGCUGGGACUGGCAGCUUUUCUGUGGCUCAAUUUCCCCAUCAGCAACAGAGCUGACUCCCUUUGCCAUAUUCUUGGGGCAUCAGGGCAUUGAAAGGUUUGGAGGCCAUUCUUGUUGGUCUGUUUGGUGUCAGAUGAGGCCAUAGGAAAGAAAGAAAAGGCAUUAACGCUUGCAGCCGAGCUUCAGCGGUCUCAAUGGCGUUGUGUGAUAGAUGAAGUGGGGUUUGGAGAUGUUCACUACAGCAUGGUUCACUUUGGUCACAGGAUCAGCUAAGGCCCAGCGUGCCAAAACUUCCACAUGCCUGAAAACAUAAGGGACUGUGUCCCUGUCUCAGCAGGGGCUGAACUAACUGGUAAAAUAAAUGUUGACUUAUUUUUAUUUUUUCUAAA